UUUAUAACCCAAUGCUCUACCACUGAGCCAUAAAUCCGAUAGAGAAAUGAGGGAGGCGUAAAGGUGCACGAGGAAGUCCAAAGAACAUGGAGGUGGGAGGCGGCAGCGUAAAGGAGGAACGAAGUACGCGCGGUUGACGGAAGUGUUAAAAGGGACAUUAGGUGUAAGGAAAUGGAAAAAUGUGUGAAUACAGCAUGAAGGUGGGGGUGAGGGAUGCAGUGUAGCAAAAGUCAGGGGGAAGUUUGAAAAAGAUGCGAAGAAAAGAGGCGAGGAAUGGGAUUCUCAAAGGAGACAAGAAGAAAAAUAGAGUAAGGAAGAUGGCGCGUGCAUUCGGAAGAAAUAAAUCGUAUGGGAGUUGUGGAGGAAGCACGAGACUUUAGCGGAGAUGCAAAGGUACGUGUACGUGACAAAAAAAAAAGCCAGAAGUAAAGAGACUUAAAAAUAAAUGGUAAAAAAGAAAGACCGGAACGCGAAUAAAGCAUGGAGAAAGAGGCCUUCGCAUAACCGAAUACUAUUUGUAACUUCUUCGUCCUAGGCAUUAGAUACAACAGAUGAUUUUCCAGCAAGUUUAUUAACGCACCUGACCCCGAAAUGGUUGGCGGAUUAUAUGAUAGCAGUUAUAAUGUUAGUUAGUGUUCAAUUUUGAGAUGGUUUUGCUUUUGAUUAAAAUAAAUGAACGCCUAAAAUGAUUGCAACUUGAUACGACGUUUAAAUUGUAUAAAAUCUGCAGGUGUUGUUCUUAAAUUUCUAAGUUUAGAGGUGUAUUGUGUAAAAUUGUGCAGUUGCGAAUAUAUAAGUGGAACGGAAUAAGCCAAGAGAGAACGAGAGGUCAGGUCAUUCGGCAUUUCCUGCAUACUAGCAUAAUUGACAUAUGUUAAUGAAAGUAAAUCUGUGAUAUAAAUAGCAUGUAAACGCUUACAUUCAAUAUUAUCAGUUAACAAUAUUCUUUUCAAUAAUUUGUGUGGAUCCAUCAAGAAUAUACUCAUCGUUUGUUAGGAAAAUUGAAUUCAUCUCAAAUGCAAUAAUUGAAAUUAAUCGACAAUCUAAACGCUGCAGUCGCUUGCAUGCGAAGGUAGUGUGAAUUUUUAAUUUGCCUGUGGGAGUUUAUGGGUCACUCAGUUAAUACGUAAUGGGCGUCCCUCGAACGUGUCUCUGUAUGUAAUACAAAGCGGUAGAAUACAUUUUGUUCAAUCGCAUUCAAAUUAUAAGCCAGUGUGAAUAAAAAAAAACAAAAGGCAGCUACAUAUGGCAUAAACGGGCAUUAUUACCCCAACAGUUUUACUGUAACCAUGAGUGCGACCGCUGCACCGUCCCAGCAGGGCAUGCUAACUUUCGGCUUGCAGCUGUUGGGAGUUAUUGGUCUCGAUCCGCAUGUCCCGAUCGCUUUGGCCAGAAGAAAAUUUUAUUUCGUCGUUAGUUUCGCUGUGUGCGUUAUAACCAUGGGGACACUACAAUUUUUAUGGAGCUCGGAUAAGAUGCAAGCGUUUCACGACGGAGCGGAAAGCAUAAUAGGCGCUUACCAGGUUUUUGUAAAAGUGAUUGCUUUAUUCUUUGCUCGACGGAAAUUGCGCAAGCUCAUAUCUAAAGUUUCUGCCUUACAAGAUAUCGGAAAACUGGAAGGAACACUAGGCAAAGAGUUGAGGGGAACUCGGGAGAAAGUCAUGAAAGUCGCCAAGUUUUAUUUCAGAUUUUACUGUCUUACUUUAGCGGUGCUUUGCUCGAGACCUUUGAUGGUGAAAGAUGAGAGGACCCUGCCGUAUCCGAUUUACGACUUUGCAAAUGUGUACGAGUCGCCGAUGUACGAAGUCGUGUACUUCUUGGAGUGCGUUGGUGCCGGGAUUUUGGCGGUUGCAAUUGGUGGAUGGGACUUAUUGGUUUACUCUUUCGUCGCGUACAUUUACUGCGAGUUGGAGGUGGUGAAGCACGAAUUCCAAAGUUUGAAGGUAAACGAUGAGGGUGACCUGCAGGUCAAGUUUGCCGAGGUUGUCCGCCGACAUGAGUUCGUUUUGAGCUGUAUACCUGACCUCAAUUCGGUGUGCGCUAUGACGAUGUUAAACCAAUUUAUUACGCUUGUUGGUGCAAUUUGUGCGUCCGUGUAUGUACUCGCAGGGGCAGGACAUAACGUUCCUCUUCAAGUGGAGCAGAUGUUGAUCUUACUGGCAGUCUCAACGCAACUGCUUUGUGCAAGCUGUGCAGGAACCAUACUUACCGAUCAGAGCAAAUCAGUGGGCACGGCACUUUUCCACGCGCCCUUUUGGUUGGAGGCCCCCAUUGCAAUUAAAAAAGAGGUCGUAAUGGUGAUACAGAGAUCUCAAAAGUACGAAGGUCUUUCCAUGGCUGGAAUGGGCGAUAUAAAUAUCCCUCUGUUUACCAAAGUAAUUAUCGCACCUUUCCCAAAGGAUCAAGCAACAACGAUCUUCAUUUUUAGAUCCUCAAGCUCAGUUUCUCCCUCGCCAACGCAAUUUUGGCAAUCGACGGUCGCAAACCACAGUGAGGCUCGCCUACCAACAAGGAAUUUGAUGUAUUCACUCUGUAAUUUUUGCACGCGAACGAGCCUAAUCCGAUUUGUGUCGCACUCGCCUUAGUCUCGCUCGGCGUUGGUCUUAAAACCAUUGCACGCGUUCUUAACCUAAGAAUAGGGUGAUAGUAAAUAUUCACUGUCAUGUUAUACUUGAUACAUGUUCAAUGUAAAUUUUUCGACUACUCAAGAGUUUUUAUUUCACCUUUUAUACCUCCGUCUGCCAUCGGUUCGUUCGGAUAUCUCGAACAGCCAACAAAGCCAACGACUUCUUCUGGUUAAUUAAAUUUGGUGUGGUUCUUGUCGGGUAAUUAUAUUAAUAUGCCUCAGCUGCUCGUCGGGUAAUAACCCUCUUCUGGCCUCAAGGGUAAAGGAUAGGUCAAUACUCUUUAUUAACAUUGAAUUGGUUCUUAUUUUUCUUAAAAUAGCGCCGUUACGUACUGUAAGGAACACAUUUUGAUAAAUGGGGUUGAGGCGGAACGGUCCUGUAAGGCUGAUCUGCAUUAAUUUGCAAAUUUCGCAUUGGGGCAAACUAUGGUACGAGGCAAUUCUAUAAUGAGGCUGGUUAAUUGUGUGUUAAUUGCUUAUACACUAGGAACAACGCGAAGUAGUUUGGAUUCGCUCCCAGAAUUUGGACGUAGUUAAAGAUACACGGACCGAGUAUAGAAUGCGAGAUGUCCCUGUCUCUGGUUGGAUGCAUUGGAUGGUUAGCAGGCGUGGCCUCGUGGAAGUUUUCGCGUGUUCGUUUUUCUCAAAAAUACGGCUACAGCUGAAUGCAGAUU